GUCCAAUGAAACGUCAUCGCUAGAGCUUGCACCUUUGUAAAUUAAACGCGGCUAAAGAUCGGCGGUUGCUUCCGUGUCCUCAAACAGCACCGCAGCUUCACUCACCUUAAAGUCAUCGUCCUCGCAAUAACCAAAGCGGUUUGGUCGUUCCACCCUAUAUCGACCCCAACAAGCUGUCUUCUAGCAUCUGGAGCGGACAUAAGAGAAGAUAUCAAGAUGGCGAACGCAGGCUACGAUGCCGUCGUAGAUAUUGACGAUGAGGGCGACCUAGGCCACACCGACCUCCAAGAAGACCUCGAAUUCCACAACUCCAACUUCUCCGAGAGCCAUCACGCGCGCAGCAGCAAAGGCGCCCCGACCACCUCCUCCUCCUCCCCCUUCAACAGCAGCGCCCCGGGCCUCCCGCUCCCCGCGACCGCCGGCUCCGGCUCCGGCGGCGGGCCCGUGUCCUCGAAGCGGUACCUGUGGACGCUGUCCUUCUACGCGCAGUUCUUCGACGUGGACACGUCGAGCGUGCUGGCGCGGUGCUGGGCGGCGCUGUACCCGCGCGCGAACUUCCUCGACGUGCUGGAGGGGAAUCCGGAUCUGUACGGGCCGUUUUGGAUCGCGACGACUGUGGUGCUGAUUUUGUUCUUGGGGGGCACGAUUAGUGCGUAUUUGGCUAGUGAGGGGAAGGGCGCGUUUGCGUAUGAUUUUAAGUUGUUGAGCGGCGCUGCUGGUCUCAUCUACGGAUACACUCUCGGAAUCCCUGUAGUUCUAUUCGGCGCACUACGAUACUUCGGUUCCGAAUCUGCGAACCUACUCGAGUGCUGGGCGCUGUACGGGUACUCAAAUCUGAUUUGGAUCCCCGUGGCGCUGAUCAGCUGGUCGCCCAUCACGAUCCUCAACUGGGUUUUCGUGGGUGUCGGGUUCGGUCUCAGCGUCGCUUUCUUGCUGCGCAACUUAUACCCCGUCCUCAGCGCUACCGAUCGCCAGACCAGCAAGAUUCUGCUUAUCCUUGUUGUGGCUCUGCAUGCUGGCCUAGCGAUCGCUAUUAAGGUCCUGUUCUUCGCCGCUGGAAGCCCCGUUGCGGGAGACAAGCCGGGUGAUACGCCGCCUGCGACUGGAGGGGAUAAGCCGGAGGGCAAUGCCAUGUUUCUUUUCUAAGGGAGUAUGUGUUAUGUGUAUCUAUUCGUAUGGGAAGAGAAGAAAGAUGUGCCGAAAUGGCAAGGUCAAGAAUAAGAUGGGAGACUUGACCUGGUAUUAUGCUUUUAUGGCGUUGGGCAGGUUAUAUGUCAUUAGGUAGUGUUAUGUACACUACCUCUAAGCUAGCUGAUACCUUUCCGUUCUAAUG